UGCAUUCAGCCUGUUCUGUUAUCGCUUAUCAGUGCACUUUCGAUUCGCACCAAGCGCAUCAUGUAAACUGUUCGACACCAAUCAAUAAGAGGAACUAAUUGAAGGUGAAAAGUUGUUCCGAAUAGAUUUGUGGCAGCGUGAAAAGUGCGAUCGAAUUCAAAUGAGUGCGUCAUUUUUGCAGAGAAAGCUGUGCACCGCGACCGUUCGUGUUUCACAUGUGAUUUUAGUGAUCAUUAUUCUGGCGGUUUUUGUAACGCACACGAUUUUCGUAUACUCUCGCGAAUCUCUCGAAAUUCAAAGCAUAGUUGUCAAAGAUGCGAAAAAUCACGUUAUUCCUACUAUUAAAGUGGCAACGAAGGACUUGUACGAGCGAGGUCACUUCAACGAUCCGGUGACCUUCGCCCGAAUCUGCGACGAAAAUGGUGCCUCGGUAAACCUGCUGAUUCUGAUCACGUCGGCUCCGUCCCGCCAGGAUCACCGGAUGGCGAUCCGUCAAACGUGGGGCCAUUUCGGAACCCGGCGAGACGUCGGAAUCGGCUUCAUGCUGGGGAACUCGCGUGACCCGGCAACCGAGGAGCAACUAUCGGCCGAGAACCACCUGUACGGCGAUCUGAUAAGGGGCCACUUUGACGAUGCGUACCUUAAUCUCACCCUGAAGACGCUGUCGAUGCUCGAGUGGACGGCCAGUCACUGCUCGGGGGCAAAAUAUCUGCUCAAAACCGAUGACGACAUGUUUGUGAAUGUGCCGAGGUUGCUGGACUUUGUUGGGGAGAAAUCUGGUGAAAAACGGACCAUUUACGGACGGUUGGCUGAACGGUGGCCACCUGUUAGGGACGAAAAGUCGAAAUACUUUGUAAGCUUGGAGGAAUUUAGUGCGGCAAGGUAUCCAACGUUUACCACUGGACCAGCGUAUCUGCUGACAGCAGACAUCAUCCCAGAGCUGUUCAGCAAAGCGUUGGAAAUGCCAUUUUUCAAGAUGGAAGAUGUUUUCCUGACGGGGAUCGUGGCUGAGCAGUUGCAGAUUCAACGGGUUGGAGACAGUCAAUUUCUCAACCAGCGAUUGUCAACGAUCGGAAGUGGUCGAUGUAAAGUGAAGACUGUUAUUAGCAUUCACGAUCUGAAACCGAAUGAAUUGUACGAGUUUUGGAAGCAAUCGCUGGAUGGUAGUGGUUGUAAAUAAAUGUAAUGCAAUUUA